AUGGCUUCAAACGUCCAUACAAAUAAAACAGAUAUAAUCCUUUCCAAUAAUCAGUCGCCCAACUAUAGCCAUGAACAGAUUGAACUAAAUCAUCAACGUAACGAACAAAAUCAACAACACAAUCGAUCGAAACGAUCUCGAAAGAAGCCAAUUAACUUACCGUUUACCGAGGCUGUGGGUGCUCAACAACAAACUACACCAACAGUUGGACGAUAUAGUCAAAAUAAUCGAACUGAACAAAAAUUAUCAGCAUCGCAGACUAAAGACAAAUCACUGGACAAAGUGCAAACAGAUCAAACAACGAUUAUCAUCGAAGAACCAAUUUGUAAGCAUUUGGAAUUAUUAAAACUUUGCUUUGAUCAAACUUUGGUCAAGCAUUUUUUAACCAAAGACGGUGCUCACGAACGAUUGACCGUAUAUAAUAAAUUAUAUAAUAUUAUCGUUGCCAAACGACCAGAUGCUCAAGUUACUUUAUAUGGUGCUUUUCUAUUUAAAUGCGCCUUAAAUAAGUUAAGCAAAAUAGAUAUCGAUGUGCAGUUCAAAGAAUCAUCGGAAUAUGGUACACAGAACAUACUGCUCAAUAUUAUUCGUGACUCUGGACUUUGCUAUGAGCCUCGUAUCGAUAUUGAUCAUGAUCUGCCGUAUAUUGAUUUACUUGUAUGUAAUUCGAACAUAAAUGUGCGAUUAACAUCUGGUUAUAAUACAGCAAUUUACCUAUCAAAAUUAAUCCAAAUAUAUACAAAAUUUGAUCAACGUGUUCUUCAAUUAUUUCGACUCUUUCGUAUUCUUGCAAAGGUAAGCAACAUUGACAGACCAGAUUUGGGCACUCUUCAUCCGGUAGUUUUUCAUCUAAUGAUUAUUCACUUUUUACAACAACUUGAAGAACCGAUUUUACCAUGUCUUCAUGAAUAUGUGUUUGGUGUUAAACCUCUACCAAUACAACUAAAAGACAAUCAAUAUAAUGAUUUCUUUCGUUUAUGCAACGCAUAUACUCGUACAUGGAAAUCAAAAAAUACAAUUAACAUGGAAAUGCUUUUUUUUCAACUCUUAUCGUAUUAUGUUGAAAAAUUUGAUGCAGAAAAAUUCAUUAUAUCUAUACAAACUCGAAUGCCAGUUUUAAGAAUCGGUAGAAUUGUUAACGAUAAAGUGCAAGAAUUGCUCAACAGUUUCAACUUGCAAACAGUAGUUCUACCAAAUUUAAUAUCAGCAACUGAUGAAUCUCAUUCUGAAUCAACCAUGAAAGCACUUCCUGUAGGUGCUCCAAUAGCAUGUGUUUCAUGCUAUGAAAAUGGUCAUAUCAAGUCCAACUGUCCUAAAGAGUCAAAACCAAAUGUGACAGAAAUAAGCCAAGAAUGGGAAAAUAUUCUUUCUAAACUUUGUCGAUACAUUACUGAACGUCAUAAACCAACAAGAAAAGAUAUUGAAAAUCGUAAAGAACUUGUGCGUCAACUUCAAAUUCAAUAUCAAAAAAUCUAUCCCGGCUGUAAAUUACAACCAUAUGGCUCAUCUUGUAAUGGUUUUGGUUUUCAACAAAGUGAUCUUGAUGUGUGUAUACAUAUAUGGAAAAAUAAACAAAUUUGGAACAAAAAAAACGAGCCGAAUACAAUGUCAUCUGGUGCUCUAUGGAUUGCUUUUUUACGUUAUUAUACACAAAAUUUUAAUUAUAAAAAACGUAUUGUUACAAUUCGGCAAUAUGAACCAUUAUUACGUGUUGAUAAAAAAUGGUAUAGUGACAUAAUUGCUAUUGAAGAUCCAUUCGAAUUGUAUCGUAAUCUAGCUGAAUAUAUUCGAGUAAAGGAAUGGACAAUUAUUCGUAAUGUAUUUAUGCGUGUUCAAGAUCAUUUUUGUUUUCAACCAGCAAAUAGUAUGAUGAUGCACUUGGAUAUGUCAUCAAUUCAGGAACAUUUCUUUAAUAUCAAUGAAUUAAAUCGGAAGAGUUCAUCUGAAUCACUUAAAACAUGUAAUAACACUAUUAAAAACAUCGAUAAACAAUCUGAAAAAUUGAAGUCAUCAGUUCACAUUACUCUCGAUUCUGAUAUUACUCUUCCUGAACAUCAUUUACAUUUGGUCGAUUAG